CUCCCCGCUCAUGUACCACCUAUUGAAGGGACUUCAUGAACACCUUACGAGAAAGGAGGAAUUCUCUGUGAUUAUCAUCGGUCUCGAUGGCGCAGGGAAGACGACGCUACUGGAGAAGAUCAAGACCCUUUACAACGAAACCCCAGGCCUGACCCCAGAUAAGAUUGGGCCCACAGUCGGCCAGAAUACCGGCACCAUCACCCUCCCCUCAACCAUCCUUCAGUUCUGGGAUUUGGGCGGGCAACGAGGAAUCAGGAACAUAUGGCAUCGUUACUACGAUGACUGUCACGCAGUGGUCUACGUUGUAGAUGCGGAAGACCGCGAGCGUCUUAGCGAGGGCUGGGAGGUGUUUGACUCCGUGCUCUCUGCGCCGCAAAUCCUAAAUGUUCCCCUGCUUUUGCUCGCCAACAAGCAGGAUUCACCAAAUAGCCUUUCCGUUGAGGAGAUUCGUCACGACUACGAGGACUACUAUCAGCGUAAGAUCGAGAGCCAACGGCGAAACCGCUACGAUGGAGGCGGCGACGGGAGCGACGGUACUCGGCGCGAACGGAUUGCCAGCCUCGAGGUACUCGGUGUCAGCGCUAUCGAAGGCACGGGCGUCCGCGACGCGGUUGAUUGGCUUUUCCUACGCGUGCAAAACAGCCGACGCGAGCUGCACAAAGGCGUAGCUUCGUCUUGACAUCUAUCUGUAUCAUAGGCACUGUAACAUAGACAAUCUCUUCCAUUCUCCGCUCUAGUUGGCAUUCUCACG